GUCGCAAACGUUGAUCUAUACGAAGCGUCGGGGCGAUGUUUAUGUACAGUUCGAAGUUUAUCUCUGACGAGUAGACGCGUCUUAACGUUGCUACGAAGGGACUGAUGUAAUAUUAAAUGGUGGCGUUGUAAUAUCAAGCGCUUCUAAUACAACCAAAUACAAGGGGGAUUUAUGAUUUGUGUUUGCAACCAAGGGAAUAACGAAGAAGCGAUUUAAGUAAAGUAUCGAUCAGAAGAAAAUAAUCGAGUUUAAAUUACGCGUUGUUUAGCGUGUCGUGUCACGUUGCGUUGGUAGACAGGUUUAUAACUGUCGCCUUUCGUGAUGAAGCGUAGAGUAGAAAGAAAAACAUUUUAUUUUCUCUCAUCCGCUUCUUUUUUCCUUCCGUUGAAAUUUCUUUGACUCACAGCAUCCUUGCGUCGCAACCGCCCAAAAUUAUUCUUCCCGGUAACAUAGACGCGUGGCAAUGCCGUCGCGGAAUUGCGCACUUCUUUCGUGGCACUGUGCCAAUUUCAAAGUUCAGGUACUCGAGAUCGCAGCUUACUAUACAUAUGUACAAGGUGUCUCUUUUAUUCAUUGCGCUAGUUUUCAAUACGAAUCUUACCCAUGAAAGCGGUAAACGUUGUGGUAUUCGUUUCGAACGUAAUAUGUAGGUUCACUUUGGUAGGAUUUAAAAAUGGCGGCCACUUGAAAACGAGGCCAACUGGCCUCGUAUGUUUGUGAGAACAGUUUUUGUGUUCUUUCAGAGUUGAAGAUGUCCCUGAAUGGAUUCCUAGUUUAUAAGAAAAAUAUAUUCUGUACGCUUUUUUUUAUCUUGUUUACUGUUAAUUUUCAAGGUAGUACUUUCUAUUAUAACCUGAAGUGAACAAAUCUUUUUUUGCACAUUAUUCCAAUCACUCGGAAUUUUAAGCAGUAGGGUGAAGUACUCGUUACGUAACUUGUAAGAUGGGCUCGAUUUGACCUCGAUCGAAGAGAGGUUGAAAUACCGGUUCUAAAAAUUUCCGAAAAUUUAUCAAUUCGGUAUUGUUGAAUACAUCGCAUUGUUAAAGAAGCGCCAAUACCUAUGACUCAUUUCUAUUACGAUACCGACUGAUAUAAACAUGAAAUUCAAUUUCUUCGGAAUCGAACAUCCGAUCGAAAUGUAUCUUGUGUUUCGCGUAUAAGAUCCUUAUCGUCGAUCAGAUAACGCGUAGAAAAGAACAGGCAGCCGUUAAUUUUCACCCCCACUCGAUUAGCUGGCAAUUGAACGAAGCGUUUCAUUCACUAGAAUAAUAUUAUCGUAACGAAUAUUAUUUACCGAAUAUGUACACCGAUGACCUAAUGAAGCAAACACAAGUAGAAUCAAUUCCAUCGCACAACUCAUUAUGAAUAAUUAAUAAAUGGACUUGUUUUUUAUCGAUCAGGUGUUGAACAUCGCGUGAAAUGUUUCUUCCUGGCAAAGAAAAUCCGUCAAAUUAGAUAACUCCAUCUGAGAUUUCUUUGUUUUUAUUUGUUAAAUUAAACUCUUUCGGCUUCCACUUCGAGACCAUGAUUAAUUCCUCGCCCCGAAACUGGCGUCUUUAUAUACGUGCAUAUAGAUCUGGCUUCUGCAUAGCUUUGAAAAUUCGUGUACCUAAAACUUAUGUGACCUCAGGAUCAUCCCCCGAUGAAUGAAAUUUUAUAAUUGCCUUGGUUUCUCGAGCCGCGGGAUAGAUUAAGUUAAUUCCCGCGAAAACAGAACCGCAGAUGUUCGUGUACCGAUUAAUCAUCCCCGACGCGACGGCUGCCGGUUCCAAAGGUGUCUGCUUUAUAUUGCGCGGUUAUUUUGCGAGAAAACCUUCGAAUAAAUGAUUCAUUAUUAACCGGUUUUGAUAAGAAACAUUCCGCGACAGACGGUCCGGUAUCUUCGCAUCGUUUAUCUAGAGACGAAGAAAUCGAACUUUUCGAAUCGAUAAGCAAUCCGUUUUCGUCGCGUAAACAUCGUCUCGAGGAUCUGAUCGAUCCUAGGAGAUUGUUCGAUGGUCGUAUAACGUGACCAGCUACGGAAGUAACCCGGAAAUCCCGUAGAGCCAUCAAUCAUUAGGUGUCUAUUCGUUGCAGGAAAACGUCUUAUCGAUUCCCGGUGACGUGCUUUCCUCUUCUCUCGACGUAUCACUCGGCGUUAACGAUGCAAAACGCUCGUGGGAACGUUCUGUCAGAAACAGAGAAGGAGGCAUGACCGCUCGUUAAUUCUAAUCUUUCUAUGGUACCGCACACGAAAGUUGACCCUCGACUAAACGUUACGGGGCAAACGACCUUUAAACUUGAGUCAGAGUUCGUUGGCUCGAGCCCAGGAAAACGAACGAGGUGUAAAGGGUUUGUACCCAGUGUGUAACCGUAGGUUUCCUUUGGCCUGAGAUUAAACGUAAGGUAGCUUUGAGGACCUGCUAUCCUAUCAGAGACGAACAGUACAAUAACUCCCCCUACGCUUCCUGUUAAUUAAGGGAAGCCUGAACUGCACGCGACCAUACGCAGAAGAGUCUCGUGAAAUCGACACGGGAAGCAAAGUCGAGGAAACGUCGCAGAUAAAACGUUAAAAAAAUAACACCAGUCGUCGUACAACGUACUUCGUGGCGCUACAAUCAGAUUUAGACCCGUCAUAUGUUUAAUUGUCGAACAAGUGACAAAAUAUUUGUCACUUAUUGCGUUGCGAUUCGCUAUCAAAAGUUUAAGACGUAUCAACGUCACGAACUUCUAAACACUUCUCUUACGUAUUUUGUAAACAGUAACCGCGUAAACGAGAAGUCAAUGGAUUUGUUUUUUCCUUUCUAUGCUAUUGAUUUUAAAAAAAUGAAUUUCAUUGUUUUGGUGAAACGAAAAUAGCGCUGUUUUGAUCAUACUGGACACCCUGUAUGUUUAUCGAAGGCUUCUGUUUAUAUACGAAGCCACGGUGGUGGUGAGGCAUGCACGUGAGAGAGUCAAAUCGAGGACGAAGAGGAUCGAAAUGAGGAAAAGUAACGGGGCGAGUAACGGGUUGAAUUUAACGCAUCUUGCCGUUAAGAGCACGUUUGUAAGUCUAGUUCUUAGGUCAGGUUAGAUCGUGUAACUUUACGACUGUGCGUUGAUAAUGUAUGCUUUAACAAGAAAACACACUUGUUCCCACAAAUUCAUAUCGACGAUUAUCGACUGUAUCGAUAAUAUAGAAAACUAGCAUCGUCGGUAAUAGUCUCGUUAUCAAGUUCAGAGAUUUUGUUUUCGAUCACCGAGUACGAUUAUCUCGAUUUCUUAUCGAUAACGUUGACGCGGUAUGCUUUCUCGAGAAUUACUAUCGUCACGGAAAAUGUAGCAGUCAUCGUGUUUCCGAGAACACUGUUACCGUGUUCCGAGAACACGAUGACUAACCAUCUCCGUGGGAACAGAGACUGAUGUAAUAGAAUUUCCGGAAUUUACAGCGCAUCGAAUAAUCGAAUUGAAAAUGUAAUUUGCAAUGGUCGAUGAAUAUUCAAACCGUUCACGGUCCGCUCUUGAUUCGAUGAAACAUUAAUACGCUCCGAUCCACCAUGUAUAACAUAAAUGAAAUGGAAUAAUAUUUGAUCUGAUCGAGCGCGAGCGAAUGGACAGCGUGGAUCGGGCCUGAUUGACGAAACGGCGUCUCCCGCCCGCGAAAGUUUGAAACGCGCAACCGCGCAUGCCCAACGCGGUGGGAGAGCCGCGCGAUCUUCGUGGGGAUGAAAAACGUGGUGGGGAAAAGUUUGUAGCGGUUAAACGCGAGACAGCAAGGGUAUCGGCGCGUAUAUACCGGUACUAAUGGUAUGAUCCAGCAAACACACGCUUCGAGCUCUCACGAGCGUUACGUUCAACUUCCAAUGUGUCUCUCGUUCGCGAUGAUACCGUUUGAUUUGCAAGUGUACCACCAGAGCACGCGUUCAACUAAAUGGCUUACAUAAGUUACGCGGUAACAUUAAUUUUUUGGAGAUAAAUCCCGCGCACGCCUCUCUGUUGACUAUAUUGUGAGUAUUAUACAGAACGAGAUUCAACCAGGUGACGACAACUUCUCAUUGGAGCGACGUUCCAGUGAAACUGAUUCAGAGUUUGGCACUUUUUCGUUUAUUUUCAUGUACACGAAAUAAAGUUGCCGGCUCGCUCGAUCGAUGCGACCCGCUUGUUAUUCGACGUAAACCACGAACAGUAGUAAGACAAUAAUUGAACGUUGAUUUUAAAUUAUUGAAUUGAAAAAAAAAGAAGAAUUUAAAGAGACAAGAUUUAAAUGACAAAAGUGUGUCGUACAUGAAAAUACGAAGUUGGUGAUGAGCAUGGCUGUGACCCAGAAACAGUUCGAGGUGGUAACUUUAUCAUCGGAGUAGACGAAUCUCGCAACGGUGCCAAGAAAGAAAAAAACGAAGUGGGGGAUCAAGGAAUGCGAACGUUGUUCUUUCGAAUAAGACACGAUUCGAUCUUUGAAGUGGAUCGAUUACGAGUAAGAAAUUUCGACCGCGAAGAGAAUCCUCUUUCCUCACGACCGUUGCGAUAGAUCGAAUAAAUAUCGAAACUUUAAUUCGAGCAAGUGGAACGAGGAAAUUGAAGGAAGAAAAUUAUUAACGAUACAGAUAUAUUUGAUAAAGAGAAUAGGAAAAAGAAGCGGGCAGACUCAAAUGCGGCGUUUAUCGUUGCCGGCAAUAACGGUCAAAGAUCGUUCGAAAUAUCCCGUCGAGUUUCGCUUCUGCGAUUCGUCUGGUUCGUGGUUAAAGACUCCUCGACGUUCGAGUAUCCCAUCUAUAAAACCCGUAGUUCAGUAUCACCGUGGAGUUGACGCACUGCCCGCGAUCGUUGCAUGAUAUCUCGUGUUUUUUGGAACACGCGGUCGUGUGUGUGUUCCACUCGCGUCUCGUGCUCUUAUUUUUGCGGUGAUUUUUUUUUUAAACGUACCUUUAUUGAAUAAAUCGUGUACCGAAAGUGUGGUGAGCCGAUCAAAGAAAGUGUCGUGAUUUAAUUACGCGGUGAAGAUGGAGGAUACAGAGGGGAAAAUGAUGCCGGGAACGAGCAUAUCCGUCUUCGUGUUAGCGAGCACGCUGUUUCUCGGCGGAGUCAUUCUCGUGAUCGGUUACAUCGUUAGCCGGUUGUCACGGACGAACAAAUCUUCGGAUUCAACGAAAAAUGCCACAGAAUCGGAAAAGGUGAAGUUCCAAGAUUCGAGGGACUCCGCUAGAACGAGCACGACUUCCGGUACCGCGGCCGCCAAUAAGCGCGCGAAGAACAAAAAGCGGCGGGAAACGCAACAGGAGUUCACUCAUUCCUGGAUGGUGGGCGCGUUGAAGGGUCAUACCGCCACCGUCCUCGACAUGAAUUUCUCCAGCAACGGCAAGUUUCUCGCGAGUUGUGCCGAAGAUUGCGGCCUGCUCCUGAGAGAGGAGCUCCUGGUGGACCACGGGGAGAGCGACCGGUACGCCGGCUGUAAGGUGAACCGUGACACGCAGUCGUCGUCGUCGUCGUCGUCGUCGUCGUCGUCGUCGUCGCCGUCGACAAAGACAUCGCCAGGAAGUCGAAGCAAGUCGUCGAGCGUGUCAACGUCCUCUUCGACGACGUCCACGUCCGGAACUGCGUCCACGGUGGCGACCGUGACCGCAUCCUCGACCACGACGAAAGAGGACCGAGCGAUCCUGAGCCGAAGGCAACGCAAGAACCGCACCAGAGCACCGCGAGACCGUCGCCGCGAGUUGUGCGACGACGAGCACGAGGACGAGCCCGCGACGCAGCAGGAGCAUCAUCGACACCAUCAUCGCCGGCAGCAGCACUAUCCGAACAGUCCGUCGCGAGAUUCUGUAUCCGUUCAAAUAAAUAGCACCGACGGUAGAAAGUCUGGUUCCAGAAGAAACAAAGCUCAAAGCGAUUCCCGUCGCGAAGAGAGGAAGAACGACGGUAUCUUCCUGAGCCUGCAGAGAAAGGAACUGCAUCAUCUGAGCGACGCGGCGGUAGCCUCGUUGCUUCGGAGAUACACGCUCACCGGGGAGCAGCUGGCUCACCUUGGUUACCCGGUCGAGUGCAGCUAUUUUCCGGGCUACGCUGUGAUCAUAAAUUAUCUUCAGCAUCCCAUAGGACAUCGGAUUCGUAGCUAUCAUCAUUUAGACGUGAACGCGCAAGAGUUCAUCCCUGGAAGCGGUACCAGUUCCUGGACGAUGGCGGAGAGCGAAGGAGACAGCGGACACUGCAGCGGUAGUUCAGUGGAGAGUUCCGAUCUCGAGCAAGAAAGUUCCUCGGACAGCGACAAAUACUCGGACAUAGGCGAGUCCUCCUCCUCGUCCUCCACCACCGACUACUCCUGCCCUUGGUCGUCCUCGUCGUCGUCGUUCGCCUCGAGUUCUCAGGAAUCUUCGCGAAGGUAUUCCACUCCUGAACCUUACGAAUUGGUGGUGGUAGAGCGUCGUUGCGCUAGGUGUUACAAGAGCUUCUACGUGAACCGAGAGAGCGGCGAGUACCUGCACGAGGAACGUUGCGUCUACCAUUGGGGCAAACUUCGAAGCGGUCUCGUGGACGGUGCUCACAGCGAGACGUGGGAGUGUUGUCGAGGUCGUGAGACGGCUCGAGGCUGCACCAACGCCAGGAUGCACGUGUGGACGGGUCUGGCACCCGGUUACAACGGUCCAUUCGACGGUUACGUGCACACCAGACCGGCCAGGAUCGUUCCGAAGGAUGGUAACUACGGGGUUUACGCUCUCGACUGCGAGAUGUGUUUCACGCGACGUGGCCUCGAAUUGGCCAAGGUGACGGUGGUCGGUAUGGACGGUAACGUAGUGUACGAUGCCCUGGUGAAACCCGACGACGAAGUGAUCGAUUACAACACAAGGUUCAGCGGCAUAACCGCGUCGGAUUUGUCGAAGGCGUCGAAAACGUUGAGGGACGUUCAAAAGGACUUGACCAAUUUCGUUCACGCCGAAACCAUAUUGAUAGGUCACGGUCUGGAGAACGAUCUUAGAGCGUUGAGAUUGUUGCACGCAACGGUGAUCGACACGUGUGUCGCGUUCCCCCACUUCCUCGGUUAUCCAUUUCGCAGUAGCUUAAAGACCCUCGCGAGGACAGUGUUGCGAAGGGAGAUCCAAGUGGCGGAACACGACUCCAUCGAGGACGCUAGAAUCGUAUUAGAUCUCAUGCUUAGAAGACUACAACACGAUCUUUCGUGGGAGUGUUCCGAGCCAUCGUGAAAUAACCAACGAAUAACGCGAUUGUACAUACUAUCUUGGUGACUCGAAUAUAUAUACAUAAAUAUGUACAGUGAAUGGAACUCUGUCGGAGGUGAUGGACCUCGGCACCCGAGAACUGAGCAAGUUUCGUCGAGUCUACCUAAGGUUUACCGGGCGAUCACGCGGUCCUGUCGAUAUAUCACUUUUUUUUGUCGUUUUUUCUUUAGUGUCGAAGAAACAGAGAAAAAAAAAAGGCGCUAACGAGAAUCGAAUCUGUCAGGACGGGAUCCACGCUGAUUCCCCAGCAACUCUUCCGUCAGUGUUCAGUUCCAAGUGAAGUCUGUGAUAUGUUACAUAUAUACAGAAAGAUAAAAAAAAAGAAAAGCUACACGUGUAUGAGCGCGUUCCCAGGUUAAAUAUUCGUCGUUCAGGAACGCGUUCGGUCAUUCGCACAGAUAGUCUUAUAGGCACACCAUACUCCCAUAACACACGAUUCAUACGUUCAAUUUCAUUUAUGCGAUACAUUCAGUUUGUAAGGUGCGUCGUUGCCGAGGAAAAGGUUUAGCUCGAUUUCAGUUGCGACCACUCGGUACCACACGAGUGAUAGAAUAAUUUUUUUUUAAUAUUCUUUCUCUGUUUGUUUCCUCUUUUUUAAAUGAAUCUCACUUGUAACGUCGAUAAGGGCUGUUCGUAUUUUUCUCUCUCUUUUUUUUUUUGUUUCGUCCAUCGAUUCAAUUUUGUUGAAGAAACAGAAGUACAAAGUAGACUGGUGUGAGAUAGAAAAAAGAAAAUGAAAUGUCAUUUUUUGGGAUGAUCGAGUUUGAAGUAUGACAAGACACCCUUGAGUUCGUUUCGAGCCUGUAUGCUGCGUUUCACGUUCGAUUGCGUUCGCGGUGCAUUUCUUUCACCCAAACAGUAUACGAGCCACGUUGUUGAUGUUGUUUUAAAACGUUCGAUCAAGUACAAUGGUUACAAUUGUUAAAUUUAAAGCAACAUGACAGAAGUGUGAGAACACUAAUAAAACGAUUAAACAAAAGAAACAAAAGAAUAUUUCCUUUUUUAUAUUUCGAUUAAGAUACAAGUCCCAUCUGCGAAACGUUUUCCUCGACAAACGCUCAACGCGUAAACUUAUGUUAAUAAUAGGUAUCUCGUGCUUGACAUACUUUCAUGAAGAUAUCAUUACUCAUAUAUACGUAGAGGAUGCUUCAAAAAAGAUGUACAUCAUGAAACCUGUACGAUCCUAUUCUCCGUGACAAAACAAUUCGAAAAGUCCUUUAUCAUUUUUCAAUCCGACGUUUCGUUUCGGAGAUAUAAUAGAUCAAAGAUUGGGCGCUCCACUUCCGACCCCGCGCGCAUGCGCAAUCAGGCGACCAAUCAGAUGGUCGCGCAGGAGUGCGAGGAUUCAAGAUGGCGUCUCAGGAUUUAAACUACUCGAUCUUUAAUCGACUGUAUCUCCGAAACGGAGCAUCGUAUCGCAAAAUGGUAAAGGACUUUUCGAUUCCGUUUUUCACAGAGAAUUCGUAGCUUUCACGAUCUACAUUUUUAUUUAAAACACCCUGUAUAUAUAGACACAUUUAUGCGCGUAGGAUAAACACACACACGUUUUAUACCUUACGACCUGUCUCAUGUAUAUUUCAUUCAGCGUUGUUUUUUCGUACACGUACAAAGCGAGAGGAGGACACGCGGCGUCAUUGAUGCUGGUAAGUGUCUCUCGGGCUUCCACCGAGCGGUUUGCAUUUAAAUUCUCCUCGAUAAACGACCGCGUCUAGAAAAUGUCGGUAAAACGAGGACACCGCGAAUUCGAGAUGUUCCUCGCGGAUUUAACGAGUUUCCUUAUAUAAAAUUUCAAUUGCGUUUUGUUUCUUUUUCUCUAUUCUUUUUGCUCGUGUCUUUUUUAUCCCAUUGACGACAGCAGAAUUUUCGACGAGGCCUCUUCUCGAGAAUCCGUGCGUCCUUCGUUCGCCGCGUGAUCGCCGUCGAAUUUUUCGUAAAACAGAGGAAAGAACACGAUUUGUCUUAUCGUUCGACACACGGGUACGUGCCCGUUUCUCACUGGCUCGACCGUUUAUCGAUCGAUUCCUUUUUCUUCUCUUUCCGUUCCGCUUUUUUCUCGUUCACGAUGAAAACGCGAACGUGAGCGCGAAGUAAGAGCGUGGACAAUUUUAUAAUCGGCGAACGAUUAUAAUGUCCGUAUCGAAUUGGCCGCGGGUUUCCGUUUCGUACGUGUCGACGCGUGUAAAUCAUAAUCGGAUCGAGCCUGAGAACCACGUGUCCGAUUUCGACUCACGCUCAAAAUUAAACAGAUAGAUAAUGUUCCGUGAUUUUAUAUACACUGUUUAUUACAUUUGCAGCGAACCUUGUGUGCCCGUUUACCAUAUACAGGGUGUUCAAAACAAUGGCUGUAUCUUUAUUUUUUUUAGAGAAAUACUAUAUAGAAUUACAAAUAAUAAUUUAGACUUGCCUGAUAAGCUCUUUGUAUUAAUUUAUGUACGUAUCAAAUCACUGAUUUCGAAAGGUAUAAUCUAGUAGUAUUUGGAUAGAACUCGUGAUAUAUUAAUUUGAAUCUUAAACUUUCAACUUUGAACACCCUGUGUACACCGAUACACAACCGCGAUACCGUGCACGCGGUCAUAAGUAUUCAGCAACGGAAGAUUUUGUAUUCCCGACCUGGAGAACUAGGUUUCCGUGGUAAAAAUAAUCCUCGGAGGGUCGUGUGUUCGCCAACUCGAAGUUUUACUUAAUUUUACCCGCCGUGAUUAUGCUUUUUUUUUUUUCUCACAAAUUGUCUGCAUCUUAUUCACGCGAUACCGCGUGCACCAUCCCUAGUUUUAAGAAUCCGUUCACGCGGUAUCGCGUGUUCCACGACGGCAGCGAACGCGUGUCCGGUUUGUACAUAUAUUUUCAUGCCACGUUUUCUUUUUUCAUUACGAUCCUGUGUUCAGACUUUUUCGACAGGUGCAAAAAGUCAUUUGUAAUUCACGCACGCGCGUUAUUCGCACGAGAAUUCACUCGAUACGAAAGCAAUACCAGCGGUAUCUCGAUCGGUACGAACCGAUUAGUUACCGGACGACCAUGGAAUAACUAAUGGUUAUAACUAAUUGAUUCAUUAACCUUUCCGACCUCGGCACGAAUUUUUUUUUUUCUACGCUGUAGUAUAUAUAAACUUCGGCUUGUAAAAUUCGUUUCUAAGCGUAUCGUGUAAGCGAGUUAUUUGACUUUGUAAUAGGUAAAAGUGCGACUGAAAAUUGUAAGUAUCUCGGAAAUUGUGAGGAAGCAAUCUUUCAAAGUACAUAUAUGUAUAUAUAUAUUUUUUUUAAUAAUUAAUACAUUGACUGGGAUUUCAUUAAGUAUAUCAAGGAGUAAUUUUUAUAAUUUAUCGCUUCCAUUUGUCGUUUCAGAUUAUUUUAAUAAAAAUUCACAACUUUCACAUUUUUCUUUUCUUUUUCGCCGGUCAAUGUGUUAAUAGAAUUUAUUAUGAUUAUUAUACGAAUGCUUACUCUUUUCAUAAACCUGCGUAUACUCGUUCGAAUAACCGACGUUCUACUGCGUUAAAUCAUCGCUUUGUAAAUAAGCACACUAUUUAUUUCAUCGCGAGAUAAAAAGAAAAGUACCUGGUGGCAUUCUCGAAUGAACGUUCCUUUGAAAUUUUCGAGCUGUGAGAUCUCGAAGGGCCUGAACUCGCGCAGGGCACCCGUUCGGAAUUCACCGCGUUCAUUAAUUUCUUCAUCAACCAAAAUUGUUUAUACUUUCGAAUCAUUCGCAUUGAACGAAGUAUUAAAAAAAAAAAAGAAAAGCAGGGAAAGUGUAUGUAAAUGAAGAUGAAAUUAGGUGAACGAUUUAAUUUGUUUAAAAAAAAAAAAAAAAAAAAAAAAAAAAAACCCAAGAAGAGCAAUGUAAUUUAUACAGAAAACUUUUGCUACCAAAAAAUAUACGAUCUACGUUUUUAAGAUACCAGAACUGUUUGGGUAUAAAUUCGAUCCAUGAAUCGUUGUUGAGAAGAAAUACCAACGUGAUUCUUUUUUUGUUUUAAUAUUAUUAUUUUGCCAGUUCGAACGUUUUCAAGCAAAGUCACUUUCAAAAUAUCGUCGUACAUCUUGCGGAAAGAUCAAGUUAUGCAUUUCAAUACAGUCGACGAGAUCCUCCCUUGGUUAUUGAGAAAUUUUUCCUACGUUAUCGCCGGUAGAGGAUCUCGUUCCUUUUUAAGAAAGAUUGCGUCGGAAUGAUGGUUUCUUGAUGAAUCAUCCAGCCUUGAAACGAUCUCGUUUAAAUCCGUACGCGUUCCCGGAUGAAAUUCAUGAAUUUCUCGAAGUCAUGAAAGAGAAAUCAUCCCCUUAUUAUUUAUUCUUUAUUAUAAUCCGUGACUUACGGAGAAAGAGACGAACGUCGUUGUAAUGGAUCGAAAUAAAGAGUGAAAGAGAGAGA